AUGUUUGAUUCAGAGAAACCUCAUCCCAUACUAGCCCAGAUUCCGCUGACGGUCUCGCCGUUCAUUUCUCUGCCUACGGCAACUACUCUGCCAUAUACAUACAAGUCGAUUCCUUCAUCUCUCCCACCCUCUGUCACGGUCGACGCCAGCGGCUCAGAGAAACCAAAGUAUGUUGUUUCGUCGAGUGGCCAUGCCGCUCACCCGGCUGAUAUCCUCGCAACCUGCCAGGCGUUGGCGGACCACAUGAAAAAGAGACACUCCGAGGGAGAGGCCGCAAUCAAGGAGUGGGAGGAGUCCAUCAAGCAACGGGACUUAGCUGAAAAGCGUCGAGUUGCUCCCGGAUGGCUGGACCGGGAGGAAAAGCUUCUACAACCCACGCAUGCGUCUGGACGGGCAUCAACCGAAGCACAUCAGAGUCUGCUUGACCGACCCGUUGCUGAUCAGACGAAUAAAGACACUUCUCCGGCAAUGGAACCGAGAAGCGAGGGUGUUGAACUCGACCGUGCAUUCGGCGGAAUAGGACUGAAAUGA